AUGUACACCCAAAUCUCUCAACUCACCACCGCUCUCGCCAUCCUCUUCACUCUCACCACCGCACUUCCUGCUCCUCUCGACACAAAUACAAAAAUAUCUUCCUGUUCCACCGAUACCGUUGAUUCCACAUGCAUUGAUACAUAUAAUACUUGUAUGACAGCUGCAUCUGGGAACAAUGAUGCGAUUGCUAGUUGCGCAGUCACCCUCUCCACCUGCACAAGCGCAAGCGCGAAAAGAGAUGAGGAAAAACAUGGAGAAGAGAGUAGCAACAGUCUGUACGAAUGGUGCGUGGGGAAGUGUGGCGUGUGUGGGCGCGUUUGGCACGUGUAUGAAGGAGGCGAAUGGGGCGGGGGAGAUUACAAGUUGUGCGUUGGCGUUGAGUGCGUGUGAGGUGGGGGUUAAUACGAAGUGA